AUGUCUAAUCGAUUGAAAGGGUCACUAUCUCAUGAAAAUUCAAAUACUGUGGCAGAUCUUCAUGACUUAACGGACAAAUAUGUGAAAAUUCAGAUUGGUUUGAAGACAGAAUUGGAACGGUUAAAAAAUGAAAAAUUUCCACAUGGUUUUUCUAAACCGAUAGAUGUGUUAGAAGCUGUUGAUGCUAAUGUGAAUGGUCAGUGGGAGGAUCGUUUGCAACAAGCAAGCCAGAGUAACAUAGAAAAACACAUUGUACUCAUUCCUUAUUAUUUGGGAAAUUCUCAUUGGACUGGAAUACUAAUAGUAUUUAAUGACAGACGAGAGAUUGAACGAGCGGAAUAUGUUAAUCCAGUUUCUACUUCGGAGUUUCCUCGUAGCCAAAUCCAACAACUAUUCAAUAAGAUUUGUCCACAUAUGACUUUAUUUCCGAUAGAAUUACAAAAGCAUGACAAUCCAACGCAAAGUCAACAAUUGACCAUUCAAAAUUUAUUAACACGAGUUGAAGAGUUACAACUUACAAAUGCAGAAGAUCGAAAAUCUGCUGAUACAAGUGGCGAACUAUUUAGCCAUCAACAAAAACAUAAUUCUCAACACUUGGAAAACGUAUUGAAAUCGCAGAUCGUUGAGCCAACUAUUCAUGAAUCAUCUGAGCAGCAAAGUAGUGGGUCAGGAUUUUACCAUUCAAAACAAACAACGAAUGUUAAUUUAAGUAAAAGCUCACAACAGGAAGGCGAUACAAUAACCACGGCAAGUCUAAAAAAUCUAUACAACGACUUUUUUUCAAUGCCACCAUGUUCAGAGAAAUGUAUUCUAACUCUGAUGUAUCUUUUUUCUCUAAAGUUAAUUGGUGACACGAUAGUUCCGCAAGAUGAUAUACUAAUACCAGAUAAUAUAGACAGUGAAAUCAGACAAGAAUUUCAAAGUUUGAGCGAACGAUUAGAGAUUGAAGUACGAGAUUUGUUACAGAUUCAAGAACUGAUAGGAUCAGCAGCAGCAUCUGUGAAUGAGAAAAAUUGGCAUUCCGCCUUAAGCGAACUAGGAGUGGUUUUAGAGAAAAUCAGACCAUUAAAUAUACAAGAAUUAUUCAGGCUUGUUGAGAAAGUAGGCGAUGCAGCACAGAAGAUAAAGGGAAAAAAGAUCAUUCUUUUUCUUGGAGGAACUGGUUCGGGAAAAUCAACUACAAUUCAUUUCCUUGGAGGCACUAAAUUCGAAGUAGUGAAAGUCAAAGGAAUAAAGCAUUUUCAACCUGCGAAAAUAAUAAAUCCAGAUCUUAAUAAGAUAACUACUACACCGUUUACUAGAUCAGAAACUCGAUAUAUUACCCCUGUUAAAGUGUUUUUCGGAGAUGUAGGUGGUGUUGCUAAUGAUAGUGUUCUGUUAUGUGAUUGUCCGGGAUUUGACGAUACUGGUGGACCUGAAGUUGAUAUAGCUAAUGGAAUAGGUAUCCUUAAAGCGAUAAGAGGAUGUAAAGAAGUAAAACCUGUAGUGUUAAUCAGUUAUAAAAGUAUUGGAGACAGACUUAGUGGAGUGAAGGAUUUAGCUCAUAUGUUGGUUGGGAUUGUCCCAGGAAUUGAAGAUCAUAUUGACAUGUUUUCUUACAUCUUCACAAAAUUUCCUUCGGACGAGCAAAAUGAUAUUCAUGCAUUGCUCGUUAAUGCUCAAGAAUCAAUGAAUGAUAUGGAAAAAAGAGAUGAUAGUUUUUGUAGUUUGUUCGACGAUAUGGUACUGAAAACGAGAAAAUUAGCAUUGGUUUUAGACCCAAUCUAUAGUGAUGCUCAUGAUAUUCUAUUUAAACUCGCACGAUCCAAGGGUAUUACUCAUCCAGAUAAAACUUUUAAAUAUUGUCUUACAGUAAAAUCAAAUAGUGUUUUAAAAGAACAAAUGAAUACAGAUCACUUAAGUGCUGAACAAUUAUUAAGAGUUUUAUUACAACGAGAAGGUAAAGUUAAUUACGAAAAACUUAUAAAAUGCCUACUGACUAUACAGAGUGCCGGAUGGGUAAAUAACUAUCGCGAUGGAGAACAAUCAGAGAUCAUGAAGGAUCUUAAGGAACAACUUAUUGAACAUAUUCAGCAGUUAAAAGCAUCAAUUAUGGAAGUACCUUUAGACCUAGAUAAUUACAAUAAACUCGAAUUGGUAUAUAAAACAGUAUGGGAAAUCAAUGAAAUGAAACAUUUUCAGAUAAUAUUUACUGAUAUAAAUAACUACUUAGAAGAUGUUAAUAGUUGGUUUGAAGAUAAUAUAAAUGCUGUCUGUACUAUGAUAAAAUGCUCUUUUACUAUAGAAGAAUGGAAGAAACAAGAGCACAAAAGCUUAGAUUUCAGUAAAGCAGAAAAAUGGUUUCAUUAUUUGGAUGCUUGUAAAAAUAUUCGUAUUAGAUUGAAAAUUGAUUAUAUUUCUAUACUUAAUAGUUUGGAGGAUUGCGUCAAAUACUAUAGUAAUUUGGUUGAAGAAGAACUGAAAAGUUGUUUCGAUGAUAUCAGAUAUGUUAAAAAUAAUAAUAAUGAUAAAGAGAUAUUCGAGAAAGCUCGCAAACUAUCAUGUCGUCUUCAUGAAAUUUUGGAGAUUAAGACAGAAUAUUCUCGUAGCUUUUCUUGUUUCUCAAAUCUGAAAAUUCUCGAACACUGGCAAAACAAUUUAUCAAGUUAUCAAAAUGAAUUAGCCGAUGAGAUGGCAAGAUUAAGCAUAGUGCAACAAGCAGGAGCUUUAAAAGAUCAGUUAUGGAUCUCACAGGCGUUAAGCAAAUUAGAUAAUUUUUUAGAUGGAGGAAAGUUUCGUGAUAUGUAUGUUAAUUACCGUGAUAAAUUUCUUUCAAGAGUGAGUGCUUCGUCCGAAAAAGUAGCUGAUGCUAUUCGACAACACGAUUAUGAACGUAUCGCUGGUGAAUUGAUGCAAUUGAAGUCAGUCGGCAAUGUAGGAGAACACUUUUUUGAAGAAAAUAAACAAGUACUUAAUCGAAUACUUGGCGUCUUCAUCGAAGAAACCAAAGAGCUAGUGAUAAGGCUUGGAAAUAAUCCCGAUAUAGAAAGGAUUAGAUCAAUUAUUGAGAAUUUGAAAAGGAUUCAAAGAGCAAAGCAAUUUCUGUUCGAAUAUCUUAAAUUUUAUUAUCAAAAAUAUAAAUUUAUUGUGUCUUAUUGAUAAUUCUUAUUGGUAUAUACGUAUGUGAUCGAAAUCAUAAUCGAAGAGACUGUUUUAGUUAUGAUGCGUCACUGACAUAUUGUUCCUAUUGAGGGUGGGUGUCUGGUUUCGCUGGGUGUGGAUCUGAAUUCUCUCU